UAGCCAACAUAUCAGAUGUUUAAAAGGCCUAUUUUUUCGAUUUUUUCACGACAAAUUUGUCUUUUAAAUACAUACCUGAUCACAAUCAAAAAUUCACAGUCCUGAAAAUGGUAAAAUCCGGAAUGUUAAGGAUAAACAGUUCGAAGAAAUCCCUCCUACACCACGGUGAAAAGCCCAUUAUAGCCCCAGACUCUUUGAAAAUCGCCGCCCGGAUCGAGAACGUAAUAAAAAAUGUUGAUAUGAAUCCAAGGCUGAGGGAUUACAUAUAUCGCCUUAUCAAAGAUCUCCAAAAUCUCAUCAUGACGCACCUCGAACUAGCGCCUUAUUUUAGAAAAGAAUUGACAGAGCUGAGACUGGCUCUGAAGCACUUGGAAGAAAGGGGAGAGGCCCAGCUACGGAAGAAAGCCGAUCAGACCAAGCAGAGGCUGGACAAUGUAAACGCGAGGAAAAUGGUCCUUAUCAAAAGGGAGAAUGAGACUCAGGAGGAAAGGCAGAAAAUGUUUUUCACCUGCAUCGACGAAGGUAUCAGGAUGUCAGUGACGGAGCGCCAAGUCAAUCUCGCAGCGCACAUAAACGAGGCCAAAAAUAUAAAGAAGGAAAUCCAGCUCAUACAGAAAACCCUCCAGGGCUCAAAUGUCACUCCCAAAACGAAAAAGGUCCUUUUGGAAGUGACAAACGAAAUCUCGAGAAUGUUCGCCAUCGACGGUAUCACGGCGAUGAAGCUAAAAAAUGACGUCCACGAAAUCAAAGACAUGGUGAGCAGGGGGAAACAAGCUGAAGCGGAUUUAGAAUCCAAGCUCAAGCUCCUCAAAGUCAAAGUGGAAAAGCUGAGCAAGGAGUCAGGGGCAAGAAGAGACGAUACAGAAAAGGCGCUAAACGAUAUUUAUAGGACCAUGCUUUAUUUGGACAGGCAGGCAGAUUUGUACAGUAAGCCGCAUGCUUACCUGCCUCCUCCGAAAGGGGCGACGAAUUAGGUUCUAGUCCUAUAAAUAUAAAAAUACCUUGAUUUUCUUCA